CUCUCUCUCUCUCUCUCUCUCUCUCUCUCUCUCUCUCUCUCUCUCUCUCUCUCUCUCUCUCUCUCUCUCUCUCUCUCUCUCUCUCUCUCUCUCUCUCUCUCUCUCUCUCUCUACUAGCAGUCGUAGUGAUCGGACGUGUUUUUCCGCGCUCUGUCAGUGCUCCCUGUAUACAAGUGUUCUGGAUCCACUGAGUGACUUUUCAAGUAUUUCAAGAUGGACAGUGGAAUGUUGAAAAUUCUACUUGAAACCCAUGAAAAUGCUUACAAGAACACACUUGAAAUAUUUACGAAGAAAAUGGAUGAGAAGUUUGGAUCACUCACAAAAAGCGUGAAUGAUCUGUCAAGAAGCCUGGAAUUCACCCAAAGCAAGGUCGACAAGCUGAGACACCAAGUGAAACAGCUUGAACGAGCAGAAAGGGAGUAUCAAGAAAGAAUAAGGAACUUAUCUGAAGAAUUGCAAGAUAAAAACGAUCGCUUGGACGAAUUGGAAGAAAGGUGCAACUACCAAGAAGACUACAGUCGCAGAAACAACUUGCAAGUUAUUGGAAUUGAAGAACGUGAAGGCGAAACAUGUGAACAAACUGCAGUAAGUCUCCAAACUACUUGAAGAGAAAUUACAGCUGCCGAACUUGGAACUGGAAAGAGCUCACGGGGUUGGUCACCGAACGGACCAUCAUCAUCGACCCAUCAUAGCUCAAUUCACAAGGUUUUGCGAUCGGGAGGCAGUCCUGAGAAAUGCUGUGAAGCUCCGAGGGACAAAGAUAUUCCUUAAUGAAGAUCUAUGUGCAGCUUCACAAAACAUCAAAAAGCAAAAAAUGCCCUUGCUGAAACAAGCUCAAAGCGAGGGAAAAAUAGCAUACUUCCGACACAUCAAGCUAAUCAUUAAGGAAAGGCAAGGUACAAGGACAUUGAGUGGAUCCAGUGCUGCUAGUCAACUAGCCAUCUCCGUAGCUUCGGUUGGUGCGGGGAGGAUGAAUGGAGCUUCUGCUUUUGCUGGUGGUGAAUCACUCCGCUCCGAUGCUUCACUCGGCGCUGGGCAGGUGGAAGGAGCUGUUGCUGUUAGUGAACCACUCCGCUCCGAUGCCUCAGUUGGUGCUAGUCGGAUGGAUGGUGAUGAAGGUGCCAGUGCUGAUGAACCACUCCACUUCAGUACUCUACGUGGUGUGAAGAGGGUGGACAGUGAAGCUGUAGUAGGAGGACCACACAACAUCGAGGUUUCACCCAGUACUACGACUUCUGCUGGGCCCUCUACUUGUGCUGUUGACACUGAUGGAGAGGACAGUGCGUUGAGUAUUACAGGAAAGGGGGUGACACCGAAGCCACCAACACAAUCAAUAGGAAUGAAUAAAAGGUCAACCAGGCCUAAGAGACAAUAAUGUCUCCGUGUGUACUACAGAUGAGCAUAACAUACCUAAGGGAGAAGUGGUGUUGGAGGUAUUGGCAGGGCGGUACUGGUCGUAGUUUUGGGCAUGAAGAGCAUUGUAAUUAUACCGAG